CAUUCGCUGCAAAAAAUAAACAUUAGCACGCCGGCCACGUCGUUGAGUUGAAGACGAGUUUUAGUGUGCAAAAGAUAUCUAAUUUGCCAUCGGAAAUCGGAAAAGCAGUGAAAAAGAGUUUCCAUUUCCAAGAGAGAGCGUUGCACUGCUUUUAUUGGCACAAGCAGCACUUUGAGUGGACAUGUCAGGCUUCUCGUUUGGAUUUUCCACGGAUGAUGUGGAAAAUUUUGACAAAUCCGACUCAACAUCAGGCGCCAACAAACAGCUUCAAUGGUUUCCUGCCAAGGAACUGACCUUUGACUCGGAUCCACUGCUCCCUUCUUCGUACCUCCACUCAAGAGGAAGUGUGCAGCUGGAAAUUGCUAAUUCGGAGGAGGUUUUGAAACUUGUCAGUGAAAAUGAAAAUAGCUGUGCUAAAGCCGCUGACUCGGUGCAUUCUGAUUUAGUCCCAGCUUUCUACGAAGGAGGUCUGAAGAUCUGGGAGUGUACAGAUGAUCUCCUUGAUUUUAUUUCUCGUCCGAUUUUUAAAGAGAAACUCCAAAACUCGAAAGUGUUAGACCUUGGUUGCGGUUCAGGAGCAAUUGGGAUUUAUUGCCUGCUUUCAGGUGCAUCCGAAGUCCACUUUCAGGACUAUAAUGAAGAGGUCUUGAAAUUUUACACAAGACCUAAUGUCACCUUAAACCUCUUCGGUGACAACGUAACUGAUAAAGUCAAGUACUUUGCUGGGGAUUGGAGUUCUUUUGCUGACCUUAUGAAGAACUACAAGUACGACUUCAUAUUUACUUCUGAAACCAUCUACAGCCAAGAGUGUUACCCCAAAUUGCUGAAAAUCUUCAAAAAUCAUUUGAAUGACUCGGGGGAAAUAUAUCUUGGUGCCAAAACAUACUACUUUGGCGUGGGUGGAGGAACACGGCUAUUUGAAAGUGCUCUAGAGAAAGAGGCAACGUUAAAAAGUGAGCAAGUCUGGAAGUGUGAUGAAGGUCUUCACAGGGAAAUUUUGCGGAUAACAAAAGCAAUCACCAGUUUAGGAAGCUGACUGACAGAAUAAGCACUGUAAUCCAACUGCCGGAAGUGUCAUGGUAUGUGAGCGCGGCACACGUCACAUUUCUGCAGAAAUAUCCAAGUGCGCACUCGGCACACAUUUAUCACCGGCAGGCUCAUUUUUUUACUCGUCGGUGGCAAUAUUAUCCAUCAGGUAUGUACCCAAGGAGGGGAAGCGUAUAUAAAGUUUAUCAAACUGCACGCACUUAAACUCUUGAGUGAUAAAUAUUUUAUGACGACAGAGCGUCGCUGAAUAAAAAAAAAGCAGAUUUUGUGUGCGCCGAAUUUAACGCGCCCUCGCAAACAUUAAAAUAGUACGUCGAAAAUGAUAAAUUGAGGCUAUUGUUGCAACACGUGCGCCCUCGCCUCCCUCUCUCUACUGUGCGCCCUUUGCUGGAGAAGAGAAAGAGGAUUUCAUUUUUGCUCAUUUUUACAACCCUUUCUGCUGCACGGCUAAAUGGAAUUUUAGAUAUACAGCUUCCACGCGCACAAAGCUCUUUAUGUCGAGAGACUUGUAAUUCAAAUUUAUGUAUACAUGCGCGUUCUUUCAUUUAUUUUAUCUCAGCAGCCGGCUAUGCAGAACGGCGCCGAGGUGAGUUUCUUUUGAGGAACAACCGGCGCGGAAAAGAAAGUGAGACAGAGGAAAAUCAAUUUUGGGCCGCGCACAUAUUUCUCUUUUUUCUUAAAGCGUGUGCGUUACGACAAAGGGAAUUUUUUCGUUAUGCAUCAAGCUGGAAAGACCCGAAUUGAGAGGAUUUUCUUUUCUGUUUGAUACAUAAUACACAGGCAACGCGGAAUUCGACGUGAUAGGCUAAGCUCCAAAUUGCAUCGAACCAAUUUUUUUGAAUCGAAAAAAAUUUAUUUAAGCUGCUCCUUAGAGAAUCACGGAAAAAAGAUUUAGUAAAAAAAUUGUAGAAAAAUAAUAUUACAAAGCAAAGUUUUGACGAGCGCAUAAUAUUUUUUGAAAUUCCAAACCAAUUCCUUUUCUAGCUAAAUUUUAAAAAUUUUUAUUUCUACAAAACGGAUUGGAUGAAUCGUAAUUUGGUCAAUGUCUAAAAUUUUGUGCUACAAUCUGGAAUCGCACUUUCUCUUUAAAAACAUAUUCGAUACUUUGAUUGACAGUGAUUUUUUUCAAAACUUUUCGCAACCAACUAUUUCUAAAAAAACCCACUUUGGUUUUAAGAAGGAUUUUAAGCUCAUAUUAUUGGAAGUUCUUCAACCUCGUGUUUGCUCAAAGUGGACUUGCGUUCAUGGUGGAAACGGAGAAAAAAAAUCAAAGUUGGCACUUUGCUCAUUUGGCGAAUGUUGUGUUCAAACCCGUGGCGCACCAACGCUCAAAACACUCACCGGCCGAGAGCAACGAACUGAACUGCCACCGCAGCAGUAAAAGAAAAUUUUCAUUAUCUGCGUCGCCAGCGAAACGACUUCCUUCCUCUCUUGAAAUGGUAAUGAGCGGGCAGCACUUUUAAUGCGUCCUCCACCCACUUGGCACUAGUUCUUGUCGAAAUUCGCCAACAAACUUGGCCAAGUAUAAGGGUGGACCCCCCUCUUUCUGAAAGCGAGCUUCGAUAUUUAUUCAAUUAAUGGUGGAUUAAAUACCAAAGUUUAAUGUAGUGUGCUGUUAAAUUGCUAACUGAAUUUUCUCCUCAAAGCCGAUUUAAUUUGCUCGAUAACGGCGCCUGUGAUUCUGCAAGUUGGUUGAAUCGGCGCUAUUAUUACUGGCCGCCUCGCGAUAGAGAGAAACGGCUCGAGGAGAGAUGCGGCCGCGUUCUAACUUCGUCGGGGCUCUCCCCGGAUGGCUAAUAAUAGCGAUGGCGCGGUGUAUCCGAGCCCGAACUGGCCGUCGCGAGUCGGACGAAAAGCCGAACGAAUCAUGCCCGCGACCAUGUGACUCUCUUUCUCUCUCGCUUUGUGUCCGAUCGAAAUACCUGAUUAUUUAUAUUCAGUAGUUUUUGGAGUCGCACGCAUUUAUUUACUCACCGCAAUGCUUUUAUGCCGGCGGUGACCAUUUGUUUGGAGCGCGCACGUGCCAUUUCGCUGUGAAUAAAUCUGCGGACGGACAAAAAGCACAAACGCAAUACCAGAGAAGAGGCAUCACUUUGUCGACACAUGCAAAUAUCCUGGCCCCGAGCGAACGCGGACUGAAAUAUUCAAUGGCUUUUUAAUGGCGGCUGUAUGCUUAUUUUUGGAAAUGGAGUCGAAAUCGAUUUAGAUAUUUUAUUAUUUCACCACCAUGUUUCAAAAUCAAAAUUCAUUUUUCAAUUAAGUGAAUGUUUCUUGCUCUAAAUCAUUACCGAUAUAGACCAAAUACAGCUCAAGAUUGAUAAUGAAGGUUGAAAGAUUAUUUAACAUCAAAAUAAUAUUUUGCAAAAAUAAAAAAACUAAAAAAAUUAUUGAAAUUUUU